CAGACAUGGACACAUUCAGACUCGCCCCGGGAGACCUCCCACAUACCCUCUACAGAGUUCAAUACUCCGAGACCAUGACUACCGAAGGUUAUGACGGCAGCCUUAUAGCCCAAGACACCACCACAAUCUACAACGAAGAGGAGACUCUCAGCGAGGCCGCUGAACGCCAUCUAAACUGGGACCAUAAAUACACGAGCAUCUUCAUCUCAACAUUCUCCGACCGAGGGCGCGCCUAUAGCUGGAUGCUAGAGAGGAAGUCGCGCUUUGAUAACAGCGAAUGCGGCCUUCUUACUAUUGAGACCGCCGUACUCGGUCCAGGGGCUGAUGUGUUCUCUGCUGAGGAGCUCGUGGACGUCUUACGGUUGGAUAUCAUUGAUAGGGCGAAGGGGAGUAUCGUGGGCCAGUAUUUGGUUGCCUAUCGUAUUUCCCCGGAUGCUGUUCGAGAGUACGUGAGCCUUGAUAAGACUCGACAGGAUUGUCCUCCCUUGCCGUUCACACGCGAGGACGUGAUACCGGAUGGCCUUGCCGAAUACUUGGAGUCCUUGGAAUGAUAGCCGCAUAUUGUUAUUAACUAUGUGAAGACUGAUACUGUAUCAAUGGAAACCAACCCCAGCCACCCGGUAGAAUAAUAGUUACAGCUUGUAGAUCCUGCGAUCAUAGGAACUCGGCCAAACGCCAUUCUUGCCCGGGGCCAUAAUCCCCUUCGGGUCCAGGGCAUUCUUCACCGUCUCGUUGAACCGCAUGAGGGCAUUAUUGUUCCAGUUAUACGUCUCAGCAAUCUGGUCCAUCAGCGCCAGAUGAGUGCGGUACUCGCCCCAGCCGUUCUCGGCGCAGUCGGCGAUCAGUGUUUUGAUCAGCCAGUGUGCUUUUUUCUUCUGCUCGGCGUUCUUCCGGUCGAAGACUAUACAGACUAUGUGGU